AUAUACAGGAGUGUUAAUUAUUUUGAAAUAUAUAUAAUGGCUGGUUUACCAGAUAAGCUUGUUGCACAGGUGGCUUUCAAGGCUGGUGGAGAUGUGUUUCAUCAUCUGAUAGCUAAGAACCCUAAUCACUUUAACAAAGUGUGUCCUUCCAAAGUCCAAGCUUGUGAACUCCAACAAGGGCAGUUUGGAACAACUGGAUCUGUCAUCCAGUGGAAAUACGUCCUCGAGGGGAAAGAGGGAAUUGCAAAACAAGUCAUAGAGGUAGAUGAGGAAAAGAAGCAAGUUAUAUUCAAAAUGAUUGGAGGAGAUUUGCUUGAGCUAUACAAAAACAUGGUGGUAACCUAUCAUGUUGAGACCAGAGGAGGCAUCGACUUUAUAACUUGGACUAUAGAUUAUGAGCUGAUCAAUGCAGAAACUCCACACCCAGUUGCAGUCUUGAACUACUUCAUUGAGUUCACUAAAGAAAUUGAGGCUCAUAUUUUUGGAUAAAUUGCGUCCUUUUACUCGUUGGGGCUUCAUCAAUCCAUAAACAUAAUUAAUAAUUGUCUAUGUAAGUUAAAUAAAUUUAGCAUGUAUCUAUGUUAGAUGUUGCUAAAAAAAUGUGUGUUGUGAACAAGCAUUGGUGAAGCAAUAUGGUUGUGCUUUGAUAAGUGUCAUGUUUCUAUUUCAGAUUAUCUUCUGUGGUAUUUAUUUAAUAAAAUAUUUAUUUAUCUUUCGUUUCAAUUAAUAA